AUGCUGAGGCUGCAACCGUGUCGCCCACUUGAACUCAAACAGAAGUAACCGUUAGCACAGAAACUGAUGCAACAAGUGCUCAGCUAAGAAGCGAGAGAACCGCAGGGAUGGACCGCUCCAAGCAGAACAAGUACAGCUCAAACGAGAAGAACGACAACGGGGACGGCGGCUCCGUGCUCAACGGCCACUUUGACGGGAUGGUGAAGCGGGCAGCCGGCGGUCCUCAGGCACCGGGAGCAGAAUCCGCUCCGCACCGGUCGACCUCCGCUGUGAUGGAGAGCUGGAAGGAGGAGCGCACCAGGAGCCUGGAGGACAACGAGAUGAGCUUGCCGUCCCUGGCCGCUGCUUACACCACCAUCCUGCGGGGUCUCGGGGAGAACCCGCAGCGGCAGGGACUCCUCAAAACCCCCUGGAGGGCUGCCACGGCCAUGCAGUUCUUCACUAAAGGCUACCAGGAGAAAAUUAUCGACGUGCUGAAUGACGCCAUCUUCGAUGAAGACCACGAUGAGAUGGUGAUAGUCAAAGACAUCGACAUGUUCUCCAUGUGUGAACAUCACCUGGUGCCCAUCUUUGGCAGGGUUCACAUUGGAUACCUCCCAAACAAAAGAGUUCUGGGCCUCAGCAAGCUAGCCAGGAUUGUUGAGAUCUACAGCCGUCGACUACAAGUUCAGGAGAGGUUGACCAAACAAAUCGCUGUGGCUAUUACAGAGGCACUGCAGCCCACUGGGGUCGGAGUUGUCAUCGAGGCAACUCACAUGUGUAUGGUGAUGCGAGGCGUUCAGAAGAUGAACAGUAAAACCGUCACCAGCACCAUGCUGGGGAACUUUAGAGAGGAUCCAAAAACCCGCGACGAGUUUCUGAGGCUCAUCAAAAGUUGAGGGGGAUGAAGCUACUCGUCUUCCUCCUGUUGCCUGGGGUUACCUCCAACCUACAUGAACCAGCUGCCGUGCUACCUGCAUGUGUGUGUGUGAGUGUGUUUGUAUGAGUGUGUGCGUGUGUUUGUUUCCAUCUAACCAAAGGCAGAGGCGAGUGUUUUCUGUGUUAUUGUGCUCAUCGGUUAAAGUGAAUUGUUACCUCUGUGAUUUUAGUGCGAGGCCGAUGGUUUACACGUUGUUUGCUUUUAGACGACGGGACAGACUUUGAGUCCUUUUGUGUUGUGUGUGUGUGCUCGUCGUUCAAAUAUCAGUCACAGGCCUCGAGGAAAAAUGGAAGGACAGUUUAUGGAGAGAAUUCCAUCCCUGUAAAAGUAACCGAUCCUUUUAGCUCCUCCGGAUACUCACUGACACAAGUAAAUAACACAAAGACAAAAACAAACUAACAGCAUAAAUAUUUCCACCAGUAUUUCCUUAAUUAUCUGUAAUUUUGACAUUAAGCGGUUUAGAUUUUGUUGACUGAAAGCCAUAAAAAACAAAACAAAAAAACUUUUAAGUUUGAAAAACUCCUGAAAGGUUAGGAAUCAGAAUCCAAAGAAUGUCCUCACUAAAAGCGGUGCCUAUGUUAAGUCAGUAGAUUCACAGAGAACAUCAAGCAACACUUGGCAGCUAACCCUGACCAAAGUGCUUUACAGAAACAUCAAAUAUUUCCAUUACAGUCUAACAGCCCAGAGGAGUCCGUGUCAUUACAAGCCCUUUUUAAAUUAACGGCUUCAUCUGUCUAUUAAUGUGGCAGCACUUGGUCAAAUGUGCAAACUCAGAUACUUGUAGCACUCUAGUCUGGACAUUUUACUUCUCACUGCUGUUGUGACCUCAAAUAUACUAGAUUUUGCUAUUGUCUGUCUACUUUUUCCUCAGUAAGUAGAUAAACUUGAUUUUGAGGCCAUUGCUCUCAACAGAUUGGUGCUAAAGGUAGAAUUAUCUCAUUAACUCGUCAUUUGUUUGAUCCAGUAAUGGUUCAACAUGGGUUUCAGAGCUGUGUGCCUGAGACGACCAUAUUUAGGAUUUCCCCUCCUUGUGACAUCAUACAAUGGUAGAAAAAAGGGCCUGAAGCCAAUCUUUUAGAGCAGCCUGUAUCCUGAGUUUGUACAUACACUGAAAAUGGCCGUGUUUAAUGUAAGUGUCCACCAUUCGAACAAUAUAUAUGACAAGUGUAACAGGUUCAGUGCAAAGCUUUGAAGGCUAUUGGUUAAAACAUCCAAAAAACCAACAACCUCUCAGCAUAUUAUAAUUCAAGUGGUCUGAACCUUCUCUGGGCUCUCUUUUCAGGCUUCAUAAAGUCUUUAUAAACUAAAACUGCUGACUAAUUUUUAAUAUAAUGUUUUUACAUAUAUUAAUGUAUCUUCAAGUUUUAAACUGACCAACCAUUUUAACAGUAUCACUCUGAGCUCUGGGGCCUUUCCAACUACAUUUAUUUGAAAAAAACCAAAAAAAAGUAUAUAUAGAAAACGUAAUUACAAAGAGCUGUAGCCAUGGAUAAGAUUUUUUGUGUAAUCGGUUCAUGCGUUUGAGCUUUAAACAUGCUGUUUGGCACUUUAACACUGUGUCACUCUUUAAAACCUCAUUUCUAAAAUUUGCUGUCACAACUUUUUAGCCCUUCAGUCUGUUCUUUUUUUUUUUUUAAUUUACAACUCAAAUUUAAAUUAGAGUCUUUACCAUGAAGUAUGUAUUAUUAUUAUUAUUAUUAUGAUUAUUAUUAUUAUUAACAUUAUUGUUGUUGUUGUAUUAAAAUAAUUGUAAUAUCAAAUUGUGUGGAAUCAUCAGUGAAAACAUUCAGACUGCAUCUUUACAUCUUUUCUGAGUUUUAUUUGAUUUUUUUCAUUGUCAUUUGUUUUAAGGUCCUUUGCAAGGGCCUGCCGUCAUGUGCCAACUCGCUUCUCACAACAAAACCAAUCUUUAUAAACCAAACUGGAAUUUCUCAUUUCCAUGAGAA